AUGACAGGAAGCCCAGUCGAACACUUGGCGCUGCAAUCCAGCAGCUCCAUUGAGAUUAAGAACCUGCACACGUCUGAUAGCAAUCUAUCAUUCGGUUACAGUAUACACAGUGAAGACGAAGAACAGCUGCCAUCGGACUCCACCAAUGCCAACACCCCGCAACUCAUUGCAAAAGCUCACCAUGCUGAUGAACCCAGCAGUGGUUGCCUCCACAUAGCCGAUGCUGCGAUGGAUCUGGACAAUGAUGACCAUCUCUCCGCCACAGUAGAGCGUCCGGAACCUGAAUACGACCUGGGGAACUUCGUUGAAACGGCGGAUCGGUACAAUAUAACACGGAAAGUGGCGUCUUACUGCUCGCUUCGGGAGCUGCCGCACUCAAGCAGCCACACUAGCACGGAGAGCAUUGAGGAUUUCAACAUCGUUGCGCAUCAGAUGUCGACGGGUAAGGAUGGCACAGGCGUUGAUGUAGAUGCCACAUGUAUGAGUGAUGGCAGCACCGCAGAACUUGCCGUAGCCCCUAAACAGCAUGAUGCAGAUUAUCAUGCGCAACGCCGCUGUGCCCAACACAAGUGCAGCGCCAAGGUACGCAAAAGUCCCGCCACAUCACCGCGCGGCACCGCUAACAAGGAGAGACCACGAAAUUAUUACAGCAAGGAAAGGGUAGACAUAACCCUGCGACCGGUGCAGCCGCUAAUUGCGCUGGGGCUGCCCGGCACGAAGGGCACGCUGAUGAUGAAGGAACCGGCUCUCUGCGACACAACAACGGCUCCUACCAACCCGGACGGUGCCGAGCCAAAGGCAGACGACACGUCUAGCAGCGAUCAAGAUAAAGGCGCUGUCAUCAUUGACGUGAUAUCUGCAGCGGCGAAACUGAAGGGAAUACGCGGCAAGUUUAAGUACUACGGACGGCGUAAGAGGGACUGCUACUUCGGGGGGGCGGAGUCGGGUCCAUUUUUCCACAAGGCCUCCGACAAAGACUCCCAGCUUGAGGCACUGCAGAAGCUCAGAUUUUGCAGGUUGUACACGCCCAUACCCACCCAGGUGCUCGAGGGGGAGGACGAGGUCUCCACGGAUAUCGUAAUGACCGGAUCCCUCGCGGACCACCAAUUUGACCCUGACUGCUGUGACGUGGACACAUCGGGAAUCGAGGUGACGGACCGGGCCGGAACGGCCAACACUGUUUUCAUAUCAAAGUGCCACCUCACCUACAACGCGGUGGGCGAGCCGUGCUGGUGUUGCUGCUACAUCGACUUCUUCAACGUCUUCGCGCAAAAGAGGUUCGAUGUGGACGCGUUCGGGUACGAGCUGGCGGAGGCACUGGCCGAACGUUGUAAAGAAAACGCCGAGACGCUAUUCCACAUGUUGUGGAUACAGCAGAACCGACACUCGCUGGAGCGCUGUAUACCAACUGACGCGUCGAUAUCGGUGCUGCAGCGCUUCGUGCAGAUAAAGCACGCUGUGCUGCGAGUAGAUCGCAUGGGCCUCUUCGCUGCACAAAUGCGGCAAGUUGUCAAGCUCUGA